ACACCAAGCCGGCGCAACUACUCCUCGCAAGCGUCCACCGUCAAGCACAACAACCCCUUCACAACACAUAGGUCGCCCCCUCACCUCUGAGCGACGACUCAUAUCUUCAUAGCCGUCUUGUGUAUUGCGACCAACGGACAGAAAUGAAGUACAUUCUGGUAACCGGUGGUGUCAUCUCUGGUAUCGGCAAGGGCGUGAUCGCCUCGUCGACCGGGCUUCUGCUCAGGACCCGAGGACUGAGAGUCACCAGUAUCAAAAUUGACCCUUACCUCAACAUUGACGCUGGAACCCUGUCACCUCUUGACCACGGUGAGGUCUUUGUGCUUGACGACGGUGGUGAGGUCGACCUUGAUCUUGGAAACUACGAGCGUUUCCUCGACAUCACCCUGACCCGGGAGAACAACAUCACUACGGGAAAGAUCUAUAAGAGCGUUAUUGAACGUGAACGUCGCGGAGACUAUCUUGGCAAAACCGUCCAGGUUGUUCCCCAUAUCACGGAUGCUAUCCAGGAGUGGGUCGAGCGUGUUGCCAGGGUGCCCGUUGAUGACUCGGGAGAGGAGCCCGACGUAUGCAUCAUUGAGCUGGGAGGAACCGUCGGUGACAUCGAGUCGGCUCCUUUCGUAGAAGCUAUGCGCCAAUUCCAUUUCCGUGUCGGACACAGCAAUUUCUGCUUGAUCCACGUCUCACUGAUCCCCGUGGUUGGGUCCGUCGGUGAGCAGAAGACAAAGCCCACGCAAGCUAGCGUGCGUGAUCUGCGUGGUCUGGGUCUGUCUCCCGACCUGAUUGCAUGCCGUAGCAGCAAGCAGCUGGAUGAGGAUGUCAAGGAAAAAAUUGCCAUGUUCUGUCAUGUAGAGAAGGAACAUGUGAUGGCCGUGCAUGACUGCCAGUCCGUCUACCACGUUCCAUUGCUGCUGGAUAGCCAAGGGUUGGUGACAGUUCUGGAGAAACGCCUCAACCUUCAGCCAAGGCGGGAUAGCAGGUCUACCCACCUUCACUCCAAAUGGAAGGAACUCACCGUGAGACACGACCGAUUGUUCGACGUUGUGAAGAUCGUCCUUGUUGGAAAGUACACCCACUUGAAGGACUCUUACAUCUCAGUCGUGAAAGCUCUGGAGCACGCUGCCCUCGCAUGCAGCCGAAAGCUGAAAAUCGAGUGGGUCGAAGCAUCAGAGCUGGAGCCUGCAGCCCUCUCUGUCGACCCCAUCAAGUACCACGAGGCCUGGAAGGUUCUUGUCGGAGCGAGCGGAAUUUUGGUUCCGGGAGGAUUCGGGGAGCGCGGAUCAGAGGGCAAGAUCGCGGCCGCGAAGUGGGCUCGUGAGAACAAGGUGCCUUACCUCGGCAUCUGCCUCGGCAUGCAAAUUGCCGUCAUUGAGUUUGCCCGCAAUGUCUGCGGUCUGACUGGAGCCAACUCUGCGGAACUGGACAAGGAUACUCCUCACCCUGUCGUCAUCAACAUGCCCGAGAUCUCGGCAACCGUCAUGGGCGGCACUAUGCGUCUUGGGGACCGCACGACCAACUUCACGAAGGACAGCACGGAUUCCAUUACUCGUAGACUGUACGGUGGUGCCAACACCAUUCAUGAGAGGCAUCGUCACCGAUACGAGAUCAACCCCGAAUACAUAAACCAGAUUGAGAAGGCUGGCUUGGACUUCAUCGGCAAGGAUGAGAAGGGCGAACGGAUGAUCAUGAUUGAGCUCAAAGACCACCCAUUCUUUGUCGGCACGCAAUAUCACCCCGAAUACAAGACCCGCCCUCUCAAGCCCACCCCCGUCUUCCUCGGCUUCAUCCUCGCGGCCGCCGGCCUCCUCCCCGAGUACCUCGCCAACAUCGACACCCCCGAGAACCGCUCCUUGGGCCGGUAUCCUAGCGUCCACGACAACCUCGAUGCGGCUGCUGGCCCUGAGGCGACUGCGGACGCGUCGCUGGCAAGGAAGGGGGAGGCUGUUAACGGCAUUGCGCCUGAAGUGGUCGCGACGGGAAUCUCGAUUGAGAAGGAUGGAAAGAAGGUUUGAGAGCAGCUUAUCAAGGAAAAAGUUUGUAAAAUGCCCUUCUGGGCAUCGAGAAAGAAGCCAGGUCCAGGCGUUUCGUCGUAGAUGGGAUCUCUUGAUUUUCCCUACAGUACAGCAUUGCCCUUCCUUUUACCUAUCGUGAUUAGCGCUGAAAGGUCUCUUCGAGUUUGCAUAGUCAUCCCGAAUUAUUUAGAUUGCAAUUUUCCUACUGUGCAUGUCGGUCCCUCCGACUCUCUUGUAUCCAGCAAUUAGAUAUUUAUACAAACGCCAUGUUCGCAUUUUACACCGCAUCGUUCUUUGGGUCACUGGGGUGUGUCGUUCAACGGUCUUCUGACGGUCUUUGGAAAAGG